AUGUUUCAUAAACCAAAUUUUCCGUUGGAAUCACUACCAGAUGAGUUGAUUAAAGAAAUUUUGUCAAAUUUGAAUCAAUGUGAUAGAUUAACUUCUGCUUUGGUAAAUAAAAGGUUCAAUAAGAUUGCUACAAAAUUAAUUUAUAGACGAAUAUAUUUAAAUGACUCAAAUGUGGUAAGAAGUGACUUCAUGAAUAUUGCCAUCAAUUGGACUCUUUUACAUAUCCCAUCUUUUAUCAGUGAAGAAGAAUCAAGAGAAAUCGCCAAUGAAAAAUUAUUAAAAUUAAUUGAUACUUUACAGACAAAUGUUUUAACAAUAGAAAGUGUAGAAUGGAUUAGAAUCAACUGGGACCUGGACCCAAAUCUACAAAGAAACAUAUUGAAUCUGUUAUGUAACAACGCCAAAUCAUUGAAAAGAUUGGAAAACAUAACGGAUCCACAAUGUAAUGAUAUUAUUGCUAAGGGUAAAAUUUCUCAAGCAAACGUUACCAGCUUUGAUAUGGCCCCACCAAAUGCAUUACCUGAAUCUGUAGUAAAUGAAACCUAUAUUCCUAAUUUAGUCACAUAUUUGAACCAAAGAAUAUCAAAUAAUUUAUCGCAUAUGACCUUGUUCAUGGACCCAAUAAAACUUUUCAAUUAUCUUUAUCAUUUAAAGGAAAAACUAACAAUUGUAGAUCUAAAAUUACAUUGGAGAAGAGAAUUUUUUCAGGGUGAAUAUUUCACAAUGGAUAAAUUGAGAAAUCCACCAUUUAGAAAAUUGAAUGAAAUCUUUGAUAUUAGAACCUUGAAAACUUUAACUAUAAUAUCAUGGAAUGAGUCAUUAAUUGAUAGAGAAAUUGAAAUGUUGAAAGAAUUCAAAGAAUUUAUUUAUCUUGAAGAUUUAUCUUUGAUUUCAAUAAAACAAGAUAUUGAUAUCUUAAUAGAAUUAUUCAAUAAAUUAACUAAUUUGAAAAGAUUAAAAAUGGAUUUUUUGGAAGAUUUCGUACCAGAGACAACAAGUUCACAGAUUUUCCUUUCAAUUCUACUCAAUUGUAAAAAAUUACAAUUUAUUGAUAUUAGAUUCGAAGGUAUUGACUUACCUAUGAUUAAUUUGAUUGAGAAUAAAUUUGAAGUUACUCAAAAAUGUUUCUGUGAAAGUUGUAACAACACUUUUGAUAAAAUUAUAAGAAAUAAAAUAUUUCUAUUCCCGAAUGAUUACUACCUGACUGAUCUACAUGAUAUUGCUACAAAGGAUAUAUUAAAAAUGAUGAGAUAUCUUUCAUUAUUCCCAUACUCAAAAGCAUGUGAUUGUUACCCAAGCGUAAGAACACAACCAAUGAAUAUCGAACAAUUCGUCAAGAAAAUGAAUGAAAAUUUAUUAAUAUAUCGCCAAAAUAGAUCCCAAUUGUUGCCAUUCAAUUCAAGUGAAGAUCCAAAUAUUGUCGAUUCUAGAAACUUAACCUUCGAACAAAAACUGUUAAGAUUACCUCAUGAUCCAAUAACAAGAGACGACGUGGUAAAUAUUUAUCAUGCACUACUACAUCAUUUCAAGACAACAUACUACACUUUUUUGAAAGGGUUCUCGGAUUUAAGGUUUUUGAUGUUGAACGAUAUCCCAACAGUGGUAGUGGAAGAAAACAAUGAGAGGAUUUUCCAUCCGGUUUUCUACCAUUAUAAUUACGUUUCAAACUUGUACGGUUGGUCUAAGAGAGACAAGCAGCAAAAUUCUGGAGAAAGUUCAAAGAGCAGAAGUAGCGAUAAUGAUACCGUUUCAAAGAGAGUCACAGUUAUAUAG